AUGUCCGUUCCAAAACCCCUCUAUGAGGAAAUGAAAGAUUACCUGCUCGAUCUAAUGGCACAAGGUUGGAUAGAGAAAUCACAUUCCGCUUAUGCUUCCCCGGUGGUCUGUGUAAGGAAGAAAUGUGGCUCUCUACGCCUGUGUAUCGAUUAUAGAGAGUUAAAUCGCAAGACACACCCUGACAGACAACCCAUCCCUAGAGUGCAAGAUGUAAUGGAUGGUUUAGGAGGCAACACUAUGUUUUCAUUAUUGGACCAAGGAAAAGCCUAUCACCAGGGGUUCAUGGCAAAAGACAGCAAACAUCUCACAGCUUUUGUGACCCCCUGGGGAUUAUAUGAAUGGUCCAGGAUCCCAUUUGGUCUUAUGAACGCGCCGGCGGCUUUCCAGCGUUGUAUGGAGGAGUGUCUAGAGGGCCUCCGUGAUAAGAUCUGUGUCCCCUAUCUGGAUGACACCCUUGUAUUCAGCAAAACAUUCGAGAGUCAUGUUAGUGAUGUCCAGAAGGUGCUACAGAGACUAAGACAAUACGGAAUAAAAUUAAAACCCAGCAAGUGUGAACUAUUCAGGACUGAGAUCCGUUACCUUGGAAGGAUAGUAUCCGCUGAAGGGAACAAAAUGGACCCGGCCGACACUGCCGCCAUCAAAAUCCUGAAAGAGAAAAAACCAAGUACAGUUGGUGAGUUGAGACAAAUAAUGGGAUUGUUAAGCUAUUACCGUCAGUAUGUGAAGGACUUCUCCCGCAUUGCAGCCCCUCUGUAUGACUUGACCAAGGGACACGCGGUGACGGUUGAGGAGACAGAUACCCAAAAUCUGCAUCCAAGAGGAAGAACAUUCAACAAACGAGUUAAUUCAAAAGUAGUUCCAGCACAGACUCGAAUUGAAUGGACUGAUACCCACCAACAGAUCCUUAAUAAGUUAGUAGAUUGCCUGAUUCAACCACCAGUUCUGGCAUUUCCAGAUUUUUCUAAGCCGUUUGUCUUACAUACAGACGCCUCAAACAAAGGACUUGGAGCUGUGUUGUAUCAGCAUCAGGAUGGGAGCCUUCGUGUGAUUGCAUAUGGGUCACGGGCGUUAUCUGUGUCUGAGAAAAACUAUCACUUACAUUCUGGUAAAUUAGAAUUCCUGGCUCUUAAAUGGGCAAUAACUGAGAGAUUCCGUGACUAUCUUUACUAUGCCCCGUUCUUCACGGUCUAUAGUGACAACAAUCCUUUGACAUAUAUUCUGUCCACCGCAAAAUUAAAUGCUACAGGCAGCAGAUGGGUGGCCGAACUAGCCGACUUCAAUUUCACCAUCAAGUACCGCCCAGGCAAACAGAAUACAGAUGCCGACUUUCUGUCCAGGAUGCCAUUGGAUGCGGAAACCCUGAUGAAUGAGUACACUGAGGAAGUAUCAUAUGAUACCAUAGGGGCAGCUAUUCAGUCAGUGGAGCUACAGUCAGAGGCGAACGCAGCAUGGUCAAUGGCUAUUUCAAUUGGAGAUGCUUAUGCACCGCAAAACACCUCUUUUGAUUCAUUAACACCAGAAAAGAUCAAACAAGAUCAGGAGAGCGACCCACAUAUAGGACCAGUGCUACAGUGCAAAGUUUCUGGAGUAAGGCCGUCACAUCUUGAGCUCAAGCAGUUGAGUGUGCAGAGUCGUUGUUUACUCAGAGAAUUUGAAAAAUUGGAAGUGGAUGAUCAAGGAGUUCUAUGGAGAAAAACGGCCCAUAGAAAACAAUUGGUAAUACCAACUGAGCUAAAACUUACGGUGUUGAGAGAGCUGCACAACGAAAUGGGGCACCAGGGCUCUGACAGGACACUUUCCUUAAUUAGGGAUCGUUUCUUUUGGCCGUACAUGCAGCGUGAGACAGAGCAGCAUGUGAUGAGCUGUGCUUGUUUGAAACAAAAGAAACCCAGCCGAGAAACUAGAACACCUCUUGUAAACAUCACCACUACCUACCCUUUUGAGCUUGUGUCUGUUGAUUUUCUCCAUGUUGACAAGUGUCGAGGUGGCUACGAGUACAUUCUGGUGAUUGUGGAUCAUUUUACGCGCUUUGCGCAAGUGUACCCAACCACAUCUAAGUCAGGUAAAGUGGUAGCAGACAAGAUUUUCAACGAUUAUGCCCUUAAGUUUGGAUUUCCGACACGCAUCCACCACGACCAAGGAGGUGAAUUUGAAAACCAACUUUUCUCACAACUCAGCAAGUUCUGCAAUGUGGCUGGCUCAAAGACAACCCCUUAUCACCCACAGGGUAACGGCCAAGUAGAACGAUUUAACCGUACAUUGUUGCAGAUGCUUAAGACGCUCACAGACAAGGACAAGAACAAUUGGAAGGAUUCCUUAAAUAAACUUGUGUUUGCCUAUAACUGUACACGUACUGAAGUAACUGGCUUUUCUCCGUUCUAUCUGUUGUAUGGCCGCCCUCCAAGAUUGCCUAUCGAUAUGCUGUUCAAUCUUCCUGCUGAUGUAUCUGGAGCUGGUCCUCAAAAUUAUGCUGAUCAUUGGAGACAGGGAAUGCAAGAAGCAUAUGCUAUUGCAAGAGAAAAUGCUCACAAAGUGGCCCAGAGAAAUAAGAAAAACUAUGAUGCCAGAGUUAGAAGCACAGUGUUAGAUCCUGGUGACCGAGUAUUGGUGCGAAAUCUAACUCCCAGGGGAGGCAGUGGGAAAUUAAGAAACCAUUGGGAAGACACAGUACAUAUCGUAGUCAGACAAGUGGGAAAGGACAUGCCUUUCUAUGAACUCAGGCCUGAAAAUGGAAAGGGCAGAUCACGAGUUUUGCACAGGAAUCUCUUACUACCUUGUGAUUACUUACCCAUAGAAACUAAAGGACUUCCUAUUGUAAAGCCACAGAAAAACAAUGCCAGACCUGUUAAAGCAAAGAAAGAUUCUGAAGGGAAUACAGAGGAAGAUGAUGAGGAUGAUGAUUACUUUAUGGAUAUGUCACCUCAAGUCUCAGUUUGUGUGCCGUGUGCAGUGACUGAACAGGAAGAGAUACGCCAUCUUGAAAAACCUGCAAGUGAAACAACACAAUGUGAGAAAAAUUAUGAAUGUCAGGACACAGAUACAAACCACUCACCUGAAAUGGAGGAAAACUUGGAUUCAGCUGAUGAGCAGUCAGUGGAGGAUGUACCACAGUCCUGUAUAAGUAAUCCAGAAAGUGAAACAGAGUCUAGGCCUCAACGACCGCAAAGAGAGCGGCGACCACCAAAGAUCUUUAGAUAUGAUAGAAUUGGGUCUCCUUCUUGUUAUGGUCUCAAUGCACUACCAGUUCAGGCAAUGCCUCAAGUGUGGACAUAUCAGUUGCCACAAUACUAUCAACAGCCUUUCUAUUUAAAGGGAAUUUAA